AUGCCCUCGGGGAAGAAAGUCAAGCUCAUCCUGUAUGAGGUGCUGCAGUUUGCAGCACUGAUUGUACCCAUCUUUGUAAUCAUGGAGAGAUUUGCCAGCCUCAUAUACAACGUGAAAGGACGGGAUCAGACAGCAUACUGGCUCGUUGUGGCGGCUUCUAUCGCCUAUGUGACCUCUGUGACCUUGCUGGUGUGGGCUCCUGUCAGAUAUAUGACUAUUAAGCAGCGGGGAUUCAUCAGAGAGGUCACGCAGUGGAGACCAACAGCAAUGGCAUAUCUCAUCCUGUGCACAUUACCGUGCUUUGCUAUCCUAAUAGCCAGCUCCAAGGUGCAGGUGGACAGAGGACAGACACUGGACAGUUUCUCUGAGUUGCCAGUUUCCCUGGUGCUUUUCUUCCUCAUCUGGGUGGAUAUCAUUGAGAGGAUUCGACCCUGCAAACUCAUGGGAAAAUCAGACAGCUUAGAUUCAGACUUUGACAUAUCCGGCCCUGUCCUCACCCACAUGGAACCAGUGACCACCGUAUCAAGCCAGAUGAAUCCUGAAGAAGGCCAGAACGGUGUGACCCAAGGCCAACCAGAGGCCAAAAAUGGCAGUCCCUCUAACAGAUUCCACGAUGUUGCCAACUCGCCACCAAGAACACGAAUCACCAGCACUGCCUACUUGUACUCCUCAACCUCACGCCCUCUGUCGUACUCGGGUCGCCCGAGCAUCCUGUGGAAAAGGGACGGAAGGUCAGAAAUAUUUGUGGAUAGUUUCCUUUUCUGGUUUGACACUGUGGAGAUGGUGAGAGUGGCAGGACUGCCCUCAGUGUUCUACUCAGGCUGGGUGUUCCCAGUCUACAUCCUCGCCUUCCUCUCUACUCUUCGUAUGAUUAUCACACCUCACAACCCCUUGUUGUCUUCUGCUGGAUUUGCUCUUCAGGACUUCCCUUUCUUUGUUUUGCGGGUUUCUCUGAUUGCCGUGUUUGGCUUUGUAACACCCUUCUUAUACCCAUUGAAAAAUGUCCUGGUAAGCCUAGCUUUUAUCUAUUUCACAUUUCUGACCAGGCUGAAAAUUUUUAGACAUCACAGCCUGUUUUGA